AUGGCUCAGGUUGCAUCCUCGAAAGAGUCCCUUUCUCAGGCUCUACACAACAAAAUAAUUCCCAACCAAGAAUACCUGUUACAAGGAUCUAUCAUUGCAUCGGCUGUUGAUCAUUUAAUUCACCGGUAUUAUGGAGCAGCAAAUAUGUUCAAGCUUCGUGGUCUGUGCGAUAACGUUGAAAAUGUUCCGGAGACAUUUCACGAUUUGGAAGUAUGUAUGAGUAUGAGGCAGCCAAAUCAAGUUCCCCUGCAAGUACGGGUACGCAGAGCACUGGACAGGGAUGUGCCAUUUCAGCUUCGAUAUAUUGGACAGCCAGAACUAGAUCGUUCUCGGCCAACAUUGGUACGAUCCAGCAUUGAUGUUGGGUGCACAUCAACCGUUCUUGAAUUCCUCAAUGAAUUGGGUUGUAGAGUAGACUUUGAAUAUGUUAGUCAAGGGUUUUUAUUUCGCAAAGGCCGUAUGAAAAUUACGGUUGCAAAGAUUUUUAAAAUAACGCCCGGAAAACAGCAUGAUAGCGAGCCAGUGUGUAAUAGUUAUUUGGUGGAGCUAUCUGUAUUAGCACCAAAUGGGCAGGAUGCGAUUGGAGAUGAAAUGCGUAUCUUUGCUGAACAAUUGAAACCCUUAGUACACCUUGAGAAAAUUGAUUAUAAACGACUUGGUAAUAUUCCAUAA